CAAAACAUGGAAUAUUAUGACCCAGGCCAAGGGAUUACUAGCGGCCAGAACGACGCCUCAGGCCCAAAGGUGAAGCUCCAGCUGUUCAUUUCGUGCAGGAAGCUUAAGGAUAUGGACUAUAUUGGCAAGUCAGACCCCUUCUGUGAGGUGUGGCUUAAGAAUGAUGAGAGAAGCGACUGGACCAUGGUGGAUAAGACUGAUACUAUGAUCAAUGAUCUCAAUCCCGACUUUACAAAGCCCAUUAUUAUAGAUUAUUAUUUUGAAAAAUAACCAAGAGAUUCGGUUUGAAGUAUAUGAUCAAGAUCAAGGGGGUAAAGAAAAGCAGGGCAAGCAUUCUACAAAAGUUGCCAACCUCCUUGGUGCUUAUCAUCAAACAUAUGUGGGAAGUCUUGGAAAGAAGGAUAAAGGUAGCAAAAUCAUUAUUAAAUCAGAAAGUAUCAAGGAAAGUAACCAAGCUAUCGUAAUGAGUGUUUCAUGUGAAGGACUCAAAUCAAAGAAGAAGAAUUUUGGACUUAGCUCCACUAAUCAUCCAUAUCUUAUGAUAAAAAGAUGCCAAGGAUAUGAAACCAGUGAUGAUGAUUUUGAAACUGCCUUGACUGUAUACUCCUCUCACACCUUACAUGAUACACUAAGUCCUGCUUGGAAUAUUGGAGAGUUCCCAGUGCAAUAUCUUUGUAAUUCAGAUCUUGAUAUCCCUCUUAUCUUCGAGGUCUGGUCUUUCCAAGAGAGUAAAGAUGAUAGAAUUUAUGGAAGAGUCAGAGGAACAGCCAGGCAUUUCAUCGAGACUGAAGGUGAAGCUCAUUCAAUCAUUAAGAAGCAAGGAAAUCCAUACGGAACAAUGACUUUUGACAAAUUUCAACUCAUCCAGAGACCAACAAUGGUAGAUUACUUAAGAAGCGGAUGGAUUAUUUCCUUAAGUGUAGCUAUCGAUUUUACAGCUUCUAAUGGAGAACUCUCUGAACCAACAUCCCUUCAUUACAUUGAUCCUUAUAACCCUACUAAGAUGUCAGCUUAUGAAUCUGCUAUCUAUCAGAUUGGAAGUAUUCUGGAGGGAUAUGAUUCAGAUCGCCAGUUCCCCGUUUUUGGUUUUGGAGCCAAGCCAAGAUUCUGCGGAAUUGAUGAAGUCUCUCACUGCUUUCACUUAAAUGGCUCAGAAAACCCUCAAGUCGAAGGAGUACAAGGUAUUCUUGAAGCAUACAGAUAUGCUCUUGCCAAUGGGCUUGGACUAUAUGGUCCAACAAACUUUGAGCCAUGCUUAAGUACAAUGAUGGAGUUCAUCUCUGGUAGAAAGCAUCUAGCAGAGUACAACAUUAUGCUCUAUAUUACAGAUGGAGCAAUCACAGAUCUAGAAGAGACAAUUUCAGCAAUUAUCGAAGCGAGUCAUCUCCCAAUGAGCAUAAUCAUUGUUGGAGUAGGAAACGCUGACUUUGGAAAAAUGGACUUCCUUGAUAACGACGGAAGUCUUCUCAAAGACAAACUGGGGAAGGUAGCUCAAAGAGACAUAGUACAGUUCGUUGAAUACAAAAAUUAUGCUACUGACAUCUCUUUACUAAGCGAGGAUGUACUAAGAGAAGUCCCUAAGCAGUUUGUCAGUUACAUGUCUUGCAAUGGGAUUCAACCGAACCCUAACCCACAUGAUGCCCCAUUCUAGAACAGAAUUUUACCAUUUUAAAUGUUGCCAAAUAAAGAAAAAUUCAUUCUCAAU